AAGGAGGGAUGGAGGGAGGGAGGGAGCAGAAAUCAAACUUUCAAAAGAUCGAUCGAGGAAAGGGUAGAGCACCCGGGAGUUCUGACAAGAUCACACGACGAUCGCUCCAGCAAUGCAAUGAAGAGAGAGGGGGGAGGGAGGGCUUGGGGUCCCUCCUCCACUCCCGCUCCUGUCCCAAAGGAACUGGCGGAUGCAGUUCCUGGAGUGGAUGGGGAGCAGCUGAAGGAAAGCAACGGGGAGGAGGGCGUGGAAGAAGAGGGUUACAGCUGUGGCGGAGGUAAUUGAGAUCACACGCGUAGGUGAUCGAUCGAUGCAAAUCUCUGGGGGAAUAAUAAAUGUCAGCAGCAGCAGCAGUAUGCAGCUAGCGUUAAUUAUUGAGGGGCUGGACCAGUGUGCAGGGCGUGAGAGGGGCGAAGUGUAACCCUGUCGGUUGUUCCCAAUUCCCCUUCCCUUCUUUCUCUUUCUCUUUCUCUUUCUCGUCUCGUCUCGCUCUUGAGUCGUGAUUUGACGAGCAGAGGAGAAGCACCAGCCUUUCUCCACGCCUUUCCCCUUUUCUCGAACAGAAUGGGAGUUAGGAGACCAUGGGCAACGCAUCCCACGCCACGCCCACUGCUACUCCUUCCUUUCCUCUUGUUGCUGUAGCUCUUCUUUUGGUGCCUGAGAGGUUCCAGUCGCCGCCGCUUUUAGUGUUUGCAUUUGCUCGUGGGAAGUGAUAUCGAUCGAAGUUCGGCGAGUUUGAUGGAGUUUAGGCAUAAUAAUCCGAAUGAGAUUGGGAUCGGUUCCUCUUCUUCUACCGCUUACAAUUCUUCUUUGGUUAGAGGAGGAUCCGCCUUCUCUAAACCGGCUCUUUCUUCCUCUUCGUCUCUUGUUUCACCGAGAGCAGUACCGGGAGGCGGCGGCGGCGGAGGAGGGUUGAGAAAUGGACACGUCUUUGGUCAUGCUCAGACGCCGCCGCCAUCUACUCUUGAGAUGGCUCCCGCCGUCAUCGAUCGCGCGCUGCAGUCCGUCGCGAAGAAUACGGAUCAAUCUUCCGUCUCUAACUCGCCUCCUCCGGCGGGAGCGUCUGGCGUGGCUGCGUCGGCGAGCGCGAAGGCGAAGUCUUCGGCUGAAGCGGAUGUGUCGGCGAAGUACAAGGAGUGCCUCCGUAACCACGCGGCUGCGCUCGGCGGCCACGUCCUCGACGGCUGCGGGGAGUUCAUGCCCGGCGGUGAGCCCGAGACGGCGGACGCGCUCCGGUGCGCUGCCUGCGGCUGCCACCGUAGCUUCCACCGGCGGGAACAGGACGGCGGCGGAGGGAGCUCGUUCUUCCAUUGCGCGACGCGACUGCCUCUCUUGCUCCCGCCUCCCCAGGCUCACUCGCGCCACCAGAAGCAGUUCCAGUUCGGCGGGUUCCCAGCCAACCCCUCCCCGGCGGCCGGCAUGCCUGGCUUCGUUCACUUCGGCGGCGGCGGCGGAAACAACCCCAGUGGGAGCGGCGGCACCACCACCGAGUCGUCGAGCGAGGAAAGGAUUCGCACCGGGACCCCGACGCCCGCCGCCGCCGCCAUGCCGAGGAAGAGGUUCCGGACCAAGUUCUCGACGGAGCAGAAGGAGAAGAUGCUGGCUUUCGCGGAGCGAAUCGGGUGGCGAAUCCAGCGGCAAGACGACACCAUGGUGCAGCAAUUCUGCGCAGAGAUCGGAGUGAGGAGACAAGUCUUGAAGGUGUGGAUGCACAACAACAAGCACGCCACGGUGAGAAAGCAGCAGCCAACGCCUACUCCUCCGCCGCCGCCGCUAUCUCCUCCACCGCCGAAGCAGGAACAACAACCCAUGGUGCAACAGAGCAACCAUCAUCCGCAGCUCCUCCAGUAGUCUCUAAACUUGCUCGGCGAUGUUCAAAAUCUUGGCUCCCUCUCAUUAUUCAUCUAAUUGCUGCUUCCCUUUUUAUGCUACAACACAAUCUGCAUUAAUCUUUGUGGCCAUUUUAGCUCGAUCCAACAAAAUCAAACCUAACAGAAAUCGAGAUUGUCGCACGAUGAUUUCAGCAAACAUUAAUUACUUCUCAGAACCUUGGCUCGAUCGAUCGUCUUGAAUCUGACUGUGACUGAUACUGAAAACCAGCAAUGAAGCGGCUCAAUCAAGAACACCAUCAUCAUCAUCUCCAUUCGUCUGUCUCUGUCUCUGUUCCUCUCCAUGAAUUCAGCAUUCUUCUUCUCGGACUGUCUCUUGCUUACAAAUCUGUCGGUUAUUUCAUGUCCAAUUCACAUCAUGCUGUCCCUAUAACAACUGCAAUCAAGAAGCCGUAGAUCUAUGAAUAUGAAUAUGCUCACUUUUUCUCCUAGUUUAUGAGUUCGAAGAUCACAUCGGAUAAGAUUGAAAAAGUGGAUAAAAACAAAAACUCUUCCCGGCAGCCCAUGCUCUGCGUUUCUGCGAGGUGAGUAGAUCUCGGAUAUUUCAGACUUCUUUCUCAUCGAAUUUAUUUAAUUCAUGCAUGCAUUUAAUAUUAAUUUGCAUUUAUAUUUCUGUACUUGGAAUUGAAUCUAGCUCCAUGUUUGUAGUUGGGAAGCGAUCGAUGUAAAGAACAACAUGCAGUGCAAUUAAUUAUAUUUAUACAGUAUUAACUUGUUGCU